CCGGUCGUCCUCAUAAGCUGCGACCCAGUCCUCACCAUCAACGAACCUAGCCUCUUCUUGGGAAAGCCUCGUUCGCACAGCUCUCUCACCAAUCUCCCGUACACAUGUCUCCUGGCUCGCACAUUUUCCCCAUGAAUUCUUUGAACAUACUUUCCUCACGCGUGUCUCCGCCCCCGAGUCCGGGACCAUCGCGUUCCAAUUCCAUCGCCUCGUUCGGCCUGGCUGUAGAGGCUGAGCAGCCGUCUCAAACAGGGUGUGGCGAGGACUUGGAGCAAACAAUGGACGGACAGACUGGGGAUGACGCCCUCGCCGACAAUCGAGCGGAAGACACGCACCAAGCGCAAACCGGUACCGAUUCUCAUGUCCCUGUGAUGGUGAGCGAAGAGACCCCGCUACUGGGAGGUUCCAGCGAGCCGUCGCUGCGCUCCUCACCGUGGCACACAGCACCUCGACGAAUAGCCGCCAGUUUCAUCGAUUCCCUUCGUUGGGUUCUGUCAACGCUGACUGCCCCUGGGGUAUACCUCAUCGCCUGUCUUUACGACGGCGCGGGCUCUUUUGCUCCAUUUACUCAACUGAACAGGCUUUUUGGCGGCCAGGACAGCAGUCAAAAGCUCGGUGUCGAAUCUACCGAGGACUCCGAGAAGACGGGACACUCUGUGUCCCGCCAAACAACUAGUUUACCAUCCGAAUCCGAGUCGGAAAAGGAUAGCACCCGAGACCACCGACACGCUCGCUCAAAGUCAUUACACAGUUCAGAGGAAGCUGCCCAUUCCAGGAGUUCGAUCCGAAUCAAGUUACACGGCGAGGGCGGCUCCCGAACAAAACAUCGCAAGACCCAGUCGGCUAGUCCCCGAACCAAAGGCAACGACCGUACAGCCGUUUCCGAGAUAUCAGCACAGCUCAAGUCUCCGACUUCCCCUGCCGGGGCGUUGACAAAAUACCCCCAAACGCCAGCGCCACCUCGCCCAUUGAUCCCGCGUAGACAACCGUCCUAUCUGAACCUCGAGCCGACCGACAGAAAGCAUCAGAAGACGCUGAUUCUUGACUUGGACGAAACCUUGAUACACAGCAUGUCUAAGGGAGGACGGAUGAGCACGGGGCACAUGGUCGAGGUACGGCUGAGCCAGACCUAUGUCGGGCCUGGAGGCCAGACGACGCUGGGGCCGCAGCACCCCAUCCUAUAUUGGGUCAACAAGCGUCCCUACUGUGAUGAUUUCCUGCGCAGGGUGUGUAAGUGGUACAACCUGGUGGUCUUCACAGCAUCGGUCCAGGAGUACGCCGACCCCGUCAUCGACUGGCUAGAGUCGGAGAGGAAGUUCUUUUCCGCACGUUACUACCGGCAACACUGCACAUUUCGACAAGGCGCAUUCAUCAAGGACUUGAGCUCCGUGGAGCCUGAUUUGAGCAAGGUGAUGAUCCUGGACAAUAGCCCGCUGAGCUACAUGUUCCAUCAGGACAACGCGAUACCGAUUCAAGGAUGGAUUAGCGACCCGACGGACAACGACCUGCUCCAUUUGAUCCCGCUCCUCGAGGGUCUACAAUAUGUAUCGGAUGUGAGGGCGUUCCUUGCGCUACGAGGAGGCGAGGACGGUCAGCAUAUGGCGUGAUUGAAUUUUCAGCAUACGAUAUCGGAAGGGGAUAGGACUCGGGUGACAAUAGCGACGGCGAUGGGCGAAACGGCAGCGAGCAUCGGGGCGGCUUUCAACAUCAUCGCCUAGACGGGACGGUUGUGUACAAAUAAUCAAGUGUUGUUUGAAAGUGUAGUCUCUUUUGCCCUCUUUUUUUUCUUGUAUAGAGGGGAGUUCGGCGAGUUGACGUCUAGCACCUACCAAUGUCCAGACGCUUGUGCAA